CUGUGGCCCAGAAGGCGGGAUUGCGCGUGACUCCCAUUCGUGUGGCGAGCGCGCGCACCUCUUGCAAUGAGCUGCAGUUGAAGCUGCUCAUGUGUGCUGUACUCACCUCUGUGCUCCUCGACACGGAACAUGCAUGGAAAACUUUUGGGGUUUGUUGUCCAUCGAGUCAACUUUUAAAGGACUCGUGCAUUCCGGAACAAGCACAGGCACGGAUGUGAAGAAGUCUGGAAGUCCGCAGGUCCGCUGAAUGACAAGAUCAUGAGGUUUAUCCUGUUGCUCGUCUUCCUCACGCAUGAGGCGGUGGGCAGAUUUCCUCGUUGCCACUUUAGCUGGGAGAUGAAGAGAGCGAGUCAAGAGUGCCAUGCUGGCCUGCAGGAGUUAACAGCGCCCCCCGCAGGAUGCGUUGGCGAGUGGGACAACGCUUCAUGCUGGCGCAGCGCGGCGGUGGGCGAAGUGGUCACCCAACCCUGCCCUGCGCCCCUCCAGCACCUGUUUGGGAAGAAGGGUAACCUGAGCAGGAAGUGCACCCAGCAAGGUUGGUCGGACGUUUACCCCGUCAUCGCCGCCGCCUGCUCGUCCAACGACACCGACCAACCCAACGAGCUGGUGUUCUACAAAGUGGUGAUGGGUCUUUCCACACUGGGUCACAGCUUAUCUCUUCUCAGUCUGCUCAGCAGCACCGUCAUCAUCGCUUUCAUCAGGAGGCUUCACUGCAUGAGGAACUACAUCCACAUCAACCUGUUUGCAUCCUUCAUGCUGAGGGGCGUGGCCGUGCUCACCAAAGACCUGCUGCUCUUCUCCAACGAGGAGGAGGCGGAGACGCUCGACUGCAGCGUCCAGCCCUCGCUGGUGGGCUGCAAGAGCAGCCUGGUCUUCCUGAACUACUCCAUCAUGGCUAACUUCUUCUGGCUCCUGGUGGAGGCGCUCUACCUUCACACGCUGCUCCUGGUGGUCCACGCCCGCUACGCCCGACUCUCCGUCUACUUGCUGAUUGGCUGGGGAAUCCCGUGCGUGUUCACGGUGGCAUGGAUCUUAUGUCGCCUCCACCUGGAUGACACUUGGUGCUGGGAAAGGAACGACAACCCUGUUCCCAGCAGAGUGUUGGACUGGCCCAUCCUGGCGUGUGUCGUCGUACGUACGCCUCACCACAACCGCAGCCGGGUGAACUUCAUCCUGUUCAUCAGCAUCAUUCGCAUCCUGGUGCAGAAGCUGCGCUGCACCGACGUGGGCGGCAACGAGCAGUCGCAAUACAAGCGAUUGGCCAAAUCCACCCUCCUGCUCAUCCCUUUGUUUGGGAUCAACUACGUGGUCUUCGUCCACCUGAUGGAGCCCAGCGAUAAAACCAUGCGGCGCGUCAAGAUCUUCUUUGAACUGGGCCUCGGGUCCUUCCAGGGUUUCAUCGUGGCCGUGCUUUACUGCUUCCUCAACUGCGAGGUCCAAAGCGAGCUGCGGAGGAUACGUCGGAGCUUGUCCUUCAAACGCUACGUGGGCGGUCGGGAGUGCGGUCUGCGCGCCGCCGCCACGCUGGCCGCCAACGGCGCUGAACACUCGGCCCCGUUCCCCAGGAACUCCCGAGCGGCAUCCAUCUUGCAGACGGAGACCUUUCUGCUGUGACCGCCAUGAUCCUCAAGGUUCCUCUCCAAAAAAAAACACCAUUCAGUUUUUUCACCUUUCAUUCGAAAUAUACUCUCUUCACACGCAACAUAGUGCAACUAUUUCGUUAUUCCGAUGCAUUUCUUUGAAACCCGAAUGGUUUAUUUCCACCGCUUGCGUCUAAUAUUAUAAUGGGACUAAAAGCAACACCCUGAAGAUUUUGACCUUUUGCUUCGAAAGAAAAGGGCACAU